CGGAAGUCGUUCUGCGUAGCGCGGAAAUUGAAACUAGCAGCUAGCGGCUAGUCGAAUUUAUUUGACGGUGCAGCUGAAAAACGAUGUAAAACUCUCGUGUGUAUUUUACCAUAUCAAGCGGUUUUUAAAUGAAGAAGUGGCUUCACUGCUAUGAUUAAAAUCACAUCAAGUAUGAAUAAUAAUUCACGUGUGGUUGAUACCGCAGGUUUGGAUGAUACAGAUCCAGUGAAGUGUUUUAUCUGUUUGAGUCCUUUUGAGGAUCAGGAGGUGGGCUCUCUGCAGAACUGCCAGCAUGUGUUUUGUCUUCAGUGUAUCCUGCAGUGGUCUCAGGUAAACACACACCUCACCUGUCAUUAUCAUGCUAUUUAAAUGUCACUGCAAGUGUGUGACAUGAUCAAUAUCUCGGAAUUACAAUAUCACUUUUAAGUCCAUUAAAGAGAUAACACUUUAUAUCAAAGUUCUUGUAAUAAGCAUUAAUAAACGUUAAUUAACACUUAUGAGAGCUUUUGAAACAUUUGUAAGUGUUAAAACCUACCACUGACACAUUUGAUAUUACUUAAAGGACACUCACCUACUCUCUUCCAGCAGCUGCUUGGGUGACGCAGCUCAAGGAAGAACAUUAUCAUUUCUUUAUCUUUUCCUUGAAGUAAUAAUCACAAUAUUCAUCAUUUUGCACUGCAGACGCGGUAGUUCUUCUGCCGUAGCGUCUCCGUCUGAUUGCAUUUCCAUGAAUGAUCAUAAAUGUUCUUCCUUGAGCUGCGUCACCCCGCUGUUAUCCGUAAUGGACUGGCCUGAGGUCUUGCUACAAACAAGUGACAAGAUCAAUUAAUUGUUUAAAGAGAAUAAUCAUUUUAUUUCUCUUUCAUGUUUCAGACAGCCAACACCUGCCCUGUAGAUCGGAUCAGCUUUGAUUUCAUCCAUCAGAGACAGUAUCCCGGGGGAGACAUCCAAAAAAAGGUGACCUCUAUUUGACCUCAGUUUUUGCAUUAUGCUUAAGAAGCCUUUUAUUUAUCUUAUUGAAUCAAACUAAAAGUUCUUGUGUUGCUGCAGAUUAAAGUCAAAACACGGAAAAAUGAUGGUGAUGAGGAAGAGGAGGGAAGCAGCGCUGUUAUUUGUGAAAGAUGUGGACGCAGUGACCGCAGGCACCGUCUGUUAGUGUGCACACAGUGUGAUUCAGGGUAAAGUCCAAUACCGGCAUUCAGUCUAUCACUCAAAUGCUUUCACAUUAUUAUAAAAAAACAAGUAUCCGAUACUGUGACUGCACUAAAUGUUCCAGAUAUCAUAUGAACUGCUUGACUCCACCUGUAACGACCGUGCCUGAAGGUCACUGGGUUUGUCCUGAGUGUGCAGUUUGUCCUCAACAUGCAGGUAAAGUUCUUUAAUCGACCAAAAAGCAAAGUAAAAUUUCAGAUGUUUUAGCCAAGUUAAAAGUUAAUUGCUACUUAACAGGAGUAUAGACUAUUAUGUAGUUAUUUAACUGUACCUGUGUAGAUGGUCUCUCAGUGGAUGAGGAUAUCAGUGAUGGGGAACUAUCAGACCUCCUGGCUGAAGCAGAUGAGACUCCAUCCACCAGCAGCCGCCUUCGUCCCUCCACUAUGAAUCGCCCUGGCAGCUCCACUGAGCAGAGACGCAGCCAGAGGGUCCAGAACAGAGCCGGCGCUGAUCCUUAUCCUCAUCCUAGACCCCAGACUUGUUUGGUAAGUUCAGGCUCACAUAGAGUAACUUGAGUUAUUAUUAAUGAAUGUUGACUCUCAGGGCAUCCCCUCUAAAGUUACUGAUAAAAUACACCAAGAAAAGUUAAUAUAAACCGUGGGAAUCGUGAGGUUUCGUAUUAUAAUCAUAGAUGUAUUACAGGAAAAUGAUGAAUCAUGCAGUUGUUUUCUAUAUGCCAGUUAAAGAUUAAAAUCAGGUGUACCAGUUACUUGGUGGAGAAAGUAGGGCAAAGACUGAGUCUUAAAGUGGUAAACAGACGCGGCGGUUUUAGUGAUCUUACCGAUAAUGUAUCAGACAUGUGGCUACGCCGCUCUUCCUUCAGACUCUCUUUGAGGAGAUGCACUCAUUCUGGUGCAGCUGCUGGUGUUUGCGGUUACAGUAGAAAAUAGGUAUCUUGGCCCACUUUGGCUUUAUCUGUGUGGGUUACUGAUGCAGCGUCUGGUUGAGCACACAUUGGUUUGUCGUGACUUCUCUCUCUGGUUUACCUGCAGGCUUUCAAACCAGACAGCCUUGAUUUCCCACUUUUCGUGACCUCUGAGAGGCUCGUAUCAUCUUCCCAGGGCUCUUAAGUGCUUCUUUUUCUCUGUGGAGCACCAGCUUCAGGUGGCUCACAGUGACUAAUGCUCUCCACCCGAAGAGUAGGCAUGUGGCGACGUGGUUUUGUUUAUUUACUCAAGGGCAUUUGUGCUCAGCUGCAUGUCGAUGAUCUGCUUUUGAGUGAACACUUGAGUCACGCUUCUCUCUCAGUCGAGGCGCUCUGCGGAGCCGGGGGUCACCUCUUAACUUGAUUUGAAGUGGAUUAUGCAUAUCAGCCAGACGUGAAUGACUAAAUGCAAAUUCUUGGAACAGUAUUUAUGUUUCAAAACUGGAAAAUAAACUUCCAAUCAUGAUUCGUUUUUUUUGUUUUUUCUCAGCAUGUACCGAAAUAUCUUUUAAGAGCAUCAGCACCUGCAGUCACAACAGAAGAUGCCGCUCCAGCUCCUCACACUGACCCCGGUAAUGCUUCAGUCAGUAAGUCAUCAACAGUUUUGAGUCUGUACAGUCCUCCACAGUUAUUUUAACCCUCUAUGUUCUCCACAGAGGUAAAGAAAAGGAAGAGGAAGCGUUUGACUUAAACAUCCGACACCAAAGAGGAGCAGAUGUGGUAGGAUGCUGCUGUGAAGGAAAUGCAGGUGCACGGAUUGCUUGUGACCACAUGGUGGCAGCAUUGUGUUUGCAAUUACUCUGAGUUUUGAAGCCAUAAAAAUGGGAGAUAAAAAAACAUGAGAACCCCCAAAUCUGCCUGUUAUUUAUUUAAUUUUAGUGGUUUUUUUUUAGUUUGAAAAAGAAACAUUCAUGCAGUGUUUUAGAAAUAAGAAACUGACAUUUUUCAUUACAUUUAUUUCUUUAAAAUUCAAUAAAAAACAAAACAAAGAGCUUGAUCACAGUUGUCUUAAUGCUGCAUAACUUCCAAAACCUUUCUGCAUAAGAGCCUUUAGUGCAAAGCUCCAAAAGUCCCAAAACUGAAAUUUAAUUCAGCCGAUUCUGACCAAUCAAAACACUUUUACAUUCAUAUGGCAGAUGGGAAAUAUAGAAUUAUAGUACCGGAGACUCAAAAUUACCGUAUUUUUGGGAAAUUUAUCGUACACCCGUCAUAAUCAAAAUAACAAUCUUACAUAUAGUCGCUGUGUUUAGCGUCCUAAAGCACUCACGAUUUUGUGGCUACAGUUUUGUGGUCGUUCACCGCCCCGCCCCACAUCACCAGUGUAUGUUCAGACUUCCCAUCUGAGCAGCCAAUCACCUUGGCUGCUCGCCUUUAGGUUUCACAAAUAAAAAACUAAAACGGUCUGGCAGACUGAGACAGUCCCAUUGUUCCACACAUUUUUUCUGGGGUAUUGAUCGUACAUCGGGCAAAUACGAUAAUUAUCGUACACCUGGGAACCCACUCUGUUUGGAUUACCCUUUUCUUUCAAAAUCAUUUUUGUACCAGAGUGUAACCUUGUUUAUUUUCAUUUAUAUAUCCAGACAAGUAUUUUUGAAUGGUUGUGAAUGUGGCUCAUGAUGCUUCUGGAGUCAAUCCCUAGUGGACUCUUGUGGUACUGCAGUUUGCAGAACUUCCUAGAGAUUGCUGCUUGACCUAUACAAAGAUAAUUCAGUCCAUAUUAAAGAGGUGGUUGCAUGGCUGUAGAUGUGACAGCCUUCAUGAUAAGUCAUGCAAAUUAAGAAAAACAUCCUGUAUCUUUUGUUUCAAACUGGAGAACCUUGUAAAAUCAGUGAUUAUAACUACUUUGGUGCAGCCACAGAGGAGGCGGGUGGACUGCGGCCAGAAGAAGUAUGCGAGUCAACUGUGGUGUCUGAGCAUCAAAGACUCAGACUUCAAUAGGGAGUUAGCUCGUCUGACGGAUUUUCUUCAUCCCGCCUUUUUUCAGCAGCACUGAGCCUCAUCUCCUAGCAACACCAGCCUCAUUCAUUCCUCAGGAUCUCGUCCAGCCGUACCCGAGAGGAUGCUGCCUUAUUCAGACGCUCUCAGAUCUGUUGUUUCUGCUGCUCUGAUAUUAAACGCACCCUUUGAAGUUCAGAAAGCAUUAUUAGAGUCCCAACAUUUUUGACUAGUUUGUGAGCGAUGGAGGGGAAAAAAAGGGCGAGGAGAAGAUGGAGAAAUCACGAAACGAUCACCGUGCUCCUUUGAUCCCUGACAGUCCUGUACAGUUAUGUUAUUAUAGCUCAUAUUAAAGCUAUUGUGUGUAUUGUGAUUCAGUGGGCGGGCACUUACCCAGCCUGCAGCUCAUCUUGCCCUACUUUCUCCCCAAAAACAACGUGCUCGGGAAAACAAAUGUUCACCUUCAUCGGCCAGACAUGUUUGCAGAGCAGAACUGUUGGAAUGAACAAAUUGUCCAAGCAAAACCGAGAAAACACGAGAAAGCACUCAGAGUCUGUUGUUUGUUUUUUUACCCUUACUCAGACAAUUAUCUCAGGAUCACUGGAGAAGAGGAGUUACACUUGCAUUGUUCAUAAUCCCCACUGUCAACACUCUUAUACUCUUUGUUCACAGCUCUGCUUUUAUGAAGUAGUACAGUUUUAUUAAUGAACUCGAGCUAAUUUGUUGUCUACUUUGGGCUUGUUUUUAAACACAGGUUUUCUUGAGCUUUAUUUAGCCUCAAUCACUCAUAAUUUUGGACCCUAACACUGCAGCCCCAACCCGGUUAAAACCUUUAAAAUAUAACUGUAUUGCAUAAAAAAAUCAAUUUAUUCAGCUUAUGGUCACUCACCUUCAACAGCUACAGCUUCAUAAUAUUGCGGCCAAAAGUGUACUUUCAUUUGGGGCUCUUCAAGGGCCCCUACCUUCAUUUAAAAAUUUUUUUUUAUGUGAUUAUUUUAAUAAAUUUAACCCCUGAAAAAGAGAAAUAAGCUAUUCAGACCAAAGCAUGUUAAUUCCUGUAAGAAUUGCCUAUUUUGAAUGGGUGUGUAUGUGACUUUUGAGGGUUUUGAGCGAGCCUCAAGUGGACACUGGAAGAACUGCAGUUUUCUGCACUUCUGCAUCAGCUUUAUUUCUUAUAAUUGGAGUUUGCAACUUGGAGCCAGGACUCUUGUGUAGUGUUUAAAAAAAGUCGUGUUGUAUUGUUCACGAACGAUUCGUUCAUAAGAACCGAAUCUUUUAAGUGAACGUACUGAACUCAAUCACUUCUUCAAGUGAUUCGUUCAUGUCUCACUUCAGUUGAGCUGUCACCAGUGCACGCAGCAUUGCAAGGCGAGCAGCCGGCGAGCGAGGGACCACACGCUCCGACACCUGAAUCACUUGGUGAACGAAUCACGCAGUGAACUACCCUCUCUGGAAUCAUUUUUAUCCAAGGCAGGGGUGGGCAAUUAAUUUUUACAUGGGGCCACAUGAGAAACCUGAACUAUGUUGGAGAGCCGAACCAACAAUAACUUCAACUUCAAAUCAGGAGGGUUCACACAUACAGAAAAGCAAACCCCAAAUAAGCAACUACUAGUUAAAAACAAGCCCAAAAAAGCGCACCAGCGAUUCACGAGUUUUGCAAGCGACUUGUGAGAGAAACAUACCUGAAGUCUUUUAUGAUAAGCGGACUGAGCAACUAUAAGGGGUCUACGUAUAUUUUGAAUGAAUCUUUUUAGUGAACUGAUUCUAGUGAUUCAGUACAUCUAAGAACUGCCGUACCCAUCACUAAAAAAAAGGGGGUUUUCUGAUCGCACAAUAAGCCGUCUGUUACCAUAAAAGGUAAGAUCAAAUUCUACGACAUGUUUUUAUUUGUUGCUCUAGCUUUAUUCAAACUCUUAAUCUUUUAUAGGCUGGCUGCUUUUCUACUUAAAUUAUGUGUCUCUCUGACCGCACAUGACCCUUUGUCUUAUCAUCCAUUGAACUCUAACAUCCCAGCACCUGGCAGAGGGUUAUUGCUUUUGGGAAUCUAAAUAUUUGAUGCUUGUUAAGCUGACGCAGUGAAACAGGCUUCCUGAAAAUUGUUUCCCUUUGUUUCUGUUCCAGCUGCUCCGGCUUUGACCCAGUACUCACCCUCUUUACGGGAUCCUGUCACUGUCUCUCUCUCACAGGAAUCACUGGCAGGAACAACAUGCUGCAGAGGAUAAGGAGCCGGGUCGACUAUAAAGCCUGUGACUCCUGAAGUAAUUAGGCUUACACUUACACGAUUAACUCGCAACAGAGCAGAGGUCUCAGCUUUAAAUUACUCACUGCUCCAGAGAGGGUUUGUUUGUUACCGUGGAGCUGUAUGUUCUCAAAGAUAGACUUGCAAAGGGACGAUAAGGUGCUAAUUUGUGACUGUAAACACUGUUCAACUCCCAAAUACGCAGCCACGUCCUCUGACUCUGCUAUGCUAGCCCCUCAAUGGUCCUUAAAGCUCCUGUUGGGAGUUUUUUGGCAUUGAUGAAAUAGACUAAAAAUUUAUAUUCAUAGCUACGGUGGCUGAGAACCGCCACUGCUGCAAAAAAAAAAAAAAUACAAAAAAAAAAGAAGCCCCACCAGAAGUUACUGAUGGAAAAAAACAAAAAAACGAAGCCCACUGCAAAUGAAAAAAGAAACAGUGCAGAGAAGGAAAAGAAAGCCACAACAGAAGCGCAAAAAAAAAGCUGUGAUGCAAAAAAUUUUUUAAAAAAGUUACUCACUGCCAAAAUGAAAGGAUGCAAAUGAAAAAGCCAUAACAGAAGUUACCGGUGCAAAAAAAAAACAAAAAAGAAGCCAAAGCCAAAGUUGCAUGUAAAAAGAAAAAAAUGGUGCAGAUAAAAAUAAAGCAACAACGGAAGUUAAAAACACAAAAAAAGUUACUUACUGCGAAAAUAAAAGGAUGCAGAAAAAAAUAAAGCCACAACGGAAAUAAACAAAGCAAAAAAAAGUGGCGAUGCAAAAAAAAAUAAAUAAAAAUUACUCACUGCGAAAAUAAAAGAAUGCAAAUUUAAAAAAGCCACAACGGAAGCUACUGAUGCAAAACAAAAUAAAAAAUUAACCUAAAGCCGUUGCAAAAAAAAAACAGUGCAGAAAAAGAUUCUUCACUGCGAAAAUAAAAUGAUGCAAAUAAAAAAAAAGCCACAAUGAAAGUUAACGACACAAAUUUAAAAAAAAAAAUGGCGAUGAAUAAAAAAAAGUUACUUACUGAGAAAAUCAAAGGAUGCAAAUAAAAAAAAAAACGCAACGUAGGGGAGAUGCUCGGCCACCAUACAUAUCUACUUAAAACAUGUAGAGGACAAAGUUAGUAAAGACUGCUUUGGCCACAGGGGGCACCAAAGGGGAAACAAACUGAAAGUUCCUCAUGGGAGCUUUAAAGAUAUGCAAGAUUGCCAACCCUAUAACCUUAUGGGUAUUGCCCCACUUUUUUAAAUCACAUGCAGAAGCUAUGCAUGGCCCUAUGUGCAGAUCAGUAUUAGUGUUAGCAUAUGUUCUGAAUAUAUUUCAUUCAUAAAUAUCUCAGCAAACAUUAUCAUAAUUACUCAUCUUCCUUUGCAUGUUUUAUGUAGUUUUUGGACAUUGCUGGAUAAAAAGUGGCUUCCUGAAAAGUUAAAGAUUACUCACUGCUCAAGAAGUAUCAAGAAUAAAAAAAAUUUUUGUCUGUCUUCUCACCUCUUAAAUAAAAGUACUUUUCUUAGUGUUGCACUAGCCAUUACAUCCCUGAAGGAGUCGUCUUUAAUUUCUAAUACAGCUUCAUUUAUGCAAAGUUAUUUUGCAGCAGCAGCAAAGAUGCACGCUUGAAGGUGUAUCGACCCAAUGAGCGGCGCUCAGAGCUGCAGAAGCAGAGAAGCACUUUAGCUGACGCUUUAGCUUCACUGGCUGAUGUGCAUCGGCAGGCAGGGCUGCUAAAUAAGUCAGCACUGAUGUUAGCAUGACUGCAAACAGCUUCUGGAGAUGGAGCGGUUUUCAACCUCAGAACGGUCAUGUGUCAAGGGCUUUUGCACGUGGAUGUGAUCAGUAUCAUUUAUUGAAAUAGUUUGGAUUACAACAUGAUGUCUCUCAGAGUGGAGUGGUUCCCAGGACUUUGUUGGGAUUCUUCAACAUGUUGUUAGAUCUACUUCUGACCCCUUGACUCUGGUUUUUUCGUAGGAUGACCAAAUGUCCUCUUUUAUCCGACAUGUCCUCUUUUUUGGGGCCUGUCCAGGUUUGUCCGGGGAAGUUUAUAAAAUCCUCCGAAUGUCCACGGUUUUGUACGUUUUCGAGCUUGUGUCACGUGAAGGAUUAAAAUUAAAAUUCGUGCGACUCUGUGACUCCACCCCUGCGUAGUCGUGUCCUCUUUUUAGGAAGUCAGAAUAAGGUCACCCUAGCCCUUUAAUGCCUUUUGUAUCAUAUUUGAUACAUACUAUUAUGAUACUUAAAUCAAAUCAAUACGAUCAACAAAUUACUAAAAAAAACACCUGAGUACAGUCCGAUAAAUGAUAAAAAUGUCCUCUUGUAGUUUUCAGUUUCCAAAAAUAUCUAAUUUAUCAAACGAGAUAAAUAAAUAAAUUUGUAAAAUUUUAAGGACAUUUUGAUUUUUUUGGUUUUCAGUAGUAAGUAAAAUAAACAUUUCAACUCCCCCCAAAAAAAUAGAAUUUUCUGGCCAUAAUUUGUGGUUUCAGGCUUUUAAGUUUUGUUUUUGGAGUCUAGUAGUUUAGUAAAGUUUGACUGAACUGAUUCACAUACAAGCAAAGAUCCCAUCGAAUAAAAUAUAUCCUUAUUUUUUUUCCAUGUCCUGGAUUUUGAACCAAUUUUCACUGCUACUCUUAAACUCAAUACAAGUAAAUACACUUAAUCUGUUUCAUUCAAUCUUUGUAAAGACAGAUUGUGUAACAACAGUUUGUUGUUUUCUCUUUGCCGACAGUCAUUCAGCCAAAAAUACUGCAGCCUGCCCGCCUGAAAUAGUGAGUAGUGCCUUUUUUUUUAGUUUUGUGGAGAUUUAAAACAAGACUGAACAUUAUUUUUUUGUGCUCAAGAGACACAAGAACGUAGAUUUUAUUACAUUUUUCCCCUCAUAUCACUGGCAUAUUGGACUUCUUACUUAUUGCUUCUCAAUUCAUUCAAAGAUUCAUCGCUCAAACAUAUUAAGAUUUGAAUUUUUCUCGAACAUAUCUCCACACUCUACAUCUACUCCUACCACAGUAUGUAGUAUAAGCAUGGCGGUAUGUCUACUACCAUCCACCUUCAGAGUACACUCCCACAUCGCCACCAUUGUGAGCGCAGAUUAAAAUGAAUUCACCACAGAUUUGGGAACCUACUUUAAAGUAAGUCAGUGCUGAGAGGACAUAUGCAUGCAUAAUACAGCACAUCCUCGCAGCAUCUGUACAUGCCUCGUCGGUAGUGUCUUGUAAAGCCUUGCACCUGCAGUCAGAAGGGAUAACAUUACAUGCUGUGUGUGUGCUCGGCAGCACAACUCGCAGCUCUCUUUAGCAGACCAAAAGGGGGGGAGCAAAAGUAGGUCAACCUCCCAGAGACCCACACAUCUCUCCCAAUGAAUCCACACUGCAGCAGCAGCAGCAGCGCUUGUGUCUGCCACGAGGAGGGCCUUCGAUGGCAGCAAAAAAAACAGGAGUUGACAUCUCCCUCCUGCUCAUUUUUUCCCGCACCAACGCAGGAGAGAUUUAUUCUUACACUUGAAACAGGAAGCUGCAGGACAUGAAUCAAGAAAGAUCAGCGCUGGCGUGUGCUGGAAAUCAUGUAACUGACAAAAUCAUCAAUGAUUAGCUGAGGGGGGGUGCUGCUGCAUUUUAGGAAGUCCUUGAAUUUGCAUCUUUGCAAUACCGCCUACUGAGAUAUUUUGGCCUUUUUGUCUUCACAUUUUGCAGGAAGUCUUAAGAAAGACACGCUUUUACAAUAAAGCCACAAAUAUAACAAAAUCAGGAAGUGAACUGAGAAAAUCUGAACAUAUUUACUCACUAUUUUCCACCCAAAACAAGAUUCUGCCUGCUCCAGUUUCUCUGAGACAUCAUUCAUCACUGCUGGUGAAUUCAAACUUUCGUAAAGGUUCGACCCACCUUGUCGUGAACACCAUAAGUGGGAGGUGUUUAUAUUUCACAGUAAACAUGCCCUCAUUUGAAGGUCUUAAAGGGAUAUUCUGGCGUAAAAUUAAUUUAGG